AAGCGGGAUAACGUAGACGUCAAAUUAACGCUGUUCACUUGCCUGCACAUGUGUCUCAAGGGGAACGUAGAAACCAUGCACUCAGCCUUUUAUAUUGACGAGGAACUUAAGAGGGAGAUGGCAAUGUCUCCAGUAGACCCGCCUGGUGGCCGAACACUCCGUAUAGCACACGAACGGCCUUUAGAUACAGAGGAGAACGCCAAAAGGCGAGUCGAAAUAUGUGAACAGUUUGUUCGCCUACAUUUCGAAGUAUUCCUACGACAGUGUUCUUUGUCAAACAGGCGUAAAGAGAAUCGAGACGAAGCAUGUUUAAAUUUGGAUCAAGUGGCCAUAACACUUAGGUCUCGAGUCAAGGACCGGCUUCGUCAAGUUCUGAACGAUCGUCAAGUUGAAGACAUUUGGAAUAAUUGCAUCGGGAGACCGUGUAGCAGGGUCCAAGAAAAUAGUAUUAUCAACGGCCCAAUGCUGACUGAGGGGUUAUAUACAACUCGUCUGCAAGACCUGCUUACUGCCGCCAGUUUGUAGCACGUUUC